AGCUGGGAGGACACAGGAGGCAGGAUGCAGGGUUGGUGGCUCCCACAGUUCCUGGUCAGGGAAUGUGGAGGCCUGGUGGGUGCGGGUCACCAGUCAGGGAUCUCUGCACAGCUCUUAUGGAGGUCUGGGCAGCGCCAAGCCCAGGAGUUUGAGGUUGCUAUGAGCUGUGACGUCACGGCACUCUACCCAGGGCAACAGCCCAAGGCUCCAGUGUGCCAAAACCGUCUCACUCUGCCCCUAAGGAUUAAGGCUGUAAGGCAGCUCACUCCCCGCCUUUAGGCUGCUCAGUCAGUUGGUUACUUUGAGCCGCCCAAUUUUUGCUCUGAGACCCUGAGGGCAGAGCUUGCCGGGGCAGUUCUUUCACAAUGGCUUCCUGCGCCCAGCUCAGUGGCUCAGCCCAAAGUUCUCCAUACUCCUGCUCAAGCUCUCCCCAAGGCAAAUCAACUGAGUGCCAAGUCCAAGAACACCAAAACAGUUCACAGGCCUCUUAUGUAAGGAGCUGACGGGGAAAUAAAAUAUACAGGAUGAAAAGAUGGCAAUGUUGCCUCCCCCAGGACCUCAGAGUUUUGUCCACUUCACCAAACAGUCUCUUGACCUCAUUGAACAACGCAUUGCUGAAGGAAAAACAAAGGAACCCAAAGAAGAAAAGAAAGACAGUGAAGAAGAAGGUCCAAAGCCAAGCAGUGACUUGGAGGCUGGCAAACAGCUGCCCUUCAUCUAUGGAGAAAUUCCCCCCGGCAUGGUGUCCGAGCCCCUGCAGGACCUGGAUCCAUACUAUGCAGACAAAAAAACUUUCAUAGUAUUGAACAAAGGGAAAGCAAUCUUCCGUUUCAAUGCCACCCCUGCUUUGUACAUGCUGUCUCCUUUCAGUCCUCUAAGAAGAAUAUCUAUUAAGAUUCUAGUGCACUCCUUAUUCAGCAUGUUGAUCAUGUGCACCAUUCUGACAAACUGCAUAUUUAUGACAAUGAAUAAUCCUCCAGAUUGGACCAAAAAUGUAGAGUACACCUUUACUGGAAUAUAUACUUUUGAAUCACUUGUAAAAAUCCUUGCAAGAGGCUUUUGUAUAGGGGAAUUCACUUUCCUUCGUGAUCCGUGGAACUGGCUGGAUUUCAUCGUCAUUGUUUUUGCAUAUGUGACAGAGUUUGUGGACCUGGGCAAUGUCUCAGCGUUGAGAACAUUCAGAGUUCUCCGAGCAUUGAAAACAAUUUCAGUCAUUCCAGGCCUGAAGACCAUUGUGGGGGCCCUGAUCCAGUCUGUGAAGAAGCUCUCUGAUGUGAUGAUCCUGACUGUGUUCUGUCUGAGCGUGUUUGCAUUGAUAGGACUCCAGCUGUUCAUGGGCAACCUGAAGCAUAAAUGUUUUCGGGAUACAACUGAAGAUAAUGAAACUUUAGAAAGUAUACUGAAUACCGUUGAGGAUGAAGAAGAAUUUAGAAAAUAUUUUUAUUACUUGGAGGGAUCCAAAGAUGCUCUCCUUUGUGGUUUCAGCGCAGAUUCAGGUCAGUGUCCGGAGGGGUAUACCUGUGUGAAAGCUGGACGAAACCCCGAUUAUGGCUAUACGAGUUUUGACACUUUCAGCUGGGCCUUCUUAGCCUUGUUUCGGCUAAUGACCCAGGAUUACUGGGAAAACCUUUACCAACAGACACUGCGUGCUGCUGGCAAAACCUACAUGAUCUUCUUUGUUGUGGUGAUUUUCCUGGGCUCCUUUUAUCUAAUAAACUUGAUCCUGGCUGUGGUUGCCAUGGCGUAUGAAGAACAAAAUCAAGCAAACAUUGAAGAAGCUAAACAGAAAGAGUUAGAAUUUCAGCAGAUGUUAGACUUACUUAAAAAAGAGCAAGAAGAAGCAGAGGCAAUAGCAGCAGCAGCAGCUGAAUAUACAAGUAUUGGGAGAAGCAGAAUUAGGGGCCUUUCCGAGAGUUCUUCUGAAACAUCCAAACUGAGCUCUAAAAGUGCUAAAGAAAGAAGAAACAGACGAAAGAAAAAGAAUCAAAAGAAGCUCUCCAGUGGGGAAGAAAAGGGAGAUGAUGAGAAAUUGUCCAAAUCGGAAUCAGAGGAGAACGUUAGGAGAAAAAGUGUCCACCUUGGUGUUGAAGGGUAUAGACAAGCACGUGAAAAGAGAUUGUCUACCCCUAACCAGUCACCCCUCAGCAUUCGUGGCUCCUUGUUUUCUGCAAGACGAAGCAGCCGAACAAGUCUUUUCAGUUUCAAGGGUCGAGGAAAAGAUCUAGGAUCUGAGACUGAAUUCGCUGACGACGAGCACAGCAUCUUUGGAGACAAUGAGAGCAGAAGGGGCUCACUGUUUGUGCCCCACAGAGCCCCGGAGCGGCGCAGCAGUAACAUCAGCCAAGCCAGUAGGUCCCCCCCACUGCUGCCGGUGAACGGGAAGAAGCACAGUGCUGUGGACUGCAAUGGUGUGGUCUCCCUGGUUGAUGGACCCUCAGCCCUCAUGCUCCCCAAUGGACAGCUCCUGCCAGAGGUGAUAAUAGAUAAGGCAACUUCUGAUGACAGCGGCGCAACCAAUCAAAUCCAUAAAAAAAGACGCCCCAGUUCUUAUCUCCUUUCAGAGGAGAUGCUGAAUGACCCCUGUCUCAGGCAAAGAGCAAUGAGUCGGGCAAGCAUAUUAACAAACACUGUGGAAGAACUUGAAGAGUCCCGACAGAAAUGUCCACCGUGGUGGUACAGAUUUGCACACACAUUCUUAAUCUGGAAUUGCUCUCCAUAUUGGAUAAAAUUCAAAAAGUUUAUCCAUUUUAUUGUAAUGGAUCCUUUUGUAGAUCUUGCAAUUACUAUUUGCAUAGUUUUAAACACACUGUUUAUGGCUAUGGAGCACCACCCAAUGACAAAUGAAUUCAAAAAUGUACUAGCUGUGGGAAAUUUGGUCUUUACUGGAAUUUUUGCAGCUGAAAUGGUUUUAAAACUAAUUGCCAUGGAUCCAUAUGAGUAUUUCCAAGUAGGCUGGAAUAUUUUUGACAGCCUUAUUGUGACUUUAAGUUUAGUGGAGCUUUUUCUAUCAGAUGUGGAAGGAUUGUCUGUUCUGCGAUCAUUCAGACUGCUCCGAGUCUUCAAGUUGGCGAAAUCUUGGCCAACACUGAACAUGCUGAUAAAGAUCAUUGGUAACUCAGUGGGGGCUCUGGGAAACCUCACGCUGGUGUUGGCCAUCAUCGUCUUCAUUUUUGCCGUGGUCGGCAUGCAGCUCUUUGGUAAGAGCUACAAAGAAUGUGUCUGCAAAAUCUCCAGUGACUGUGAGCUCCCGCGCUGGCACAUGAACGACUUCUUCCACUCCUUCCUGAUUGUGUUCCGCGUGCUGUGUGGAGAGUGGAUAGAGACCAUGUGGGACUGCAUGGAGGUCGCUGGCCAAGCCAUGUGCCUGAUUGUUUACAUGAUGGUCAUGGUCAUUGGAAACCUAGUGGUCCUGAACUUAUUUCUGGCUUUAUUAUUGAGCUCAUUUAGUUCAGACAAUCUUACAGCAAUUGAAGAAGACCCUGAUGCUAACAACCUCCAGAUUGCAGUGAACAGAAUUCAAAAGGGAAUAAAUUAUAUGAAACAAACUUUACGCGAAUUUGUUCUAAAAGCAUUUUCAAAAAAACCAAAGAUUUCCAGGGAGAUGAGACAAGGAGAAGAUUUAAAUACUAAGAAACAAAACUAUAUUUCUAACCAUACACUUGCUGAAAUGAGCAAAGAUCACAAUUUCCACAAGGAAAAAGAUAAAAUCGGUGGAUUUGGAAGCAGCGUGGAUAAAUACCUGAUGGAAGAAAAUGCUUGUCAAUCAUUUAUUCAUAAUCCCAGCCUCACAGUAACAGUGCCAAUUGCACUUGGGGAAUCUGACUUGGAAAAUAUGAAUACUGAGGAACUUAGCAGUGAUUCAGAGAGUGAAUACAGCAAAGAGAGAUUGAACCCAUGGAGUUCUUCUGAGUGCAGCACAGUUGAUAAUCCUCUGCCAGGAGAAGAAGAAGCAGAGGCUGAACAUGUGAAUUCAGAUGAGCCAGAGGCCUGUUUUACAGAGGGUUGUGUACGGAGGUUCUCCUGCUGCCAAGUUAACACAGAGUCGGGAAAAGGAAAAAUCUGGUGGAAUAUCAGGAAAACCUGCUACCGGAUAGUUGAACACAGUUGGUUUGAAAGCUUUAUUGUUCUCAUGAUCCUGCUCAGUAGUGGUGCUCUGGCUUUUGAAGAUAUAUAUAUAGAAAGGAAAAAGACCAUUAAGAUUAUCCUGGAAUAUGCUGACAAGUUAUUCACUUAUAUCUUCAUUCUGGAAUUGCUUCUAAAAUGGGUAGCAUAUGGUUACAAAACGUAUUUCACCAAUGCCUGGUGUUGGCUGGAUUUCUUAAUUGUUGAUGUUUCUUUGGUUACUUUAGUUGCAAAUGCUCUUGGCUACUCGGAUCUUGGCCCCAUUAAAUCCCUUCGGACCCUUAGAGCUCUAAGACCUCUGAGAGCCUUAUCUAGGUUUGAAGGGAUGAGGGUGGUUGUGAAUGCACUCAUAGGAGCAAUUCCUUCCAUCAUGAAUGUGCUACUUGUGUGUCUUAUAUUCUGGCUAAUAUUUAGCAUCAUGGGGGUAAAUCUGUUUGCUGGCAAGUUCUACGAAUGUGUUAACACCACAAAUGGGUCACGGUUUCCUGCAACUCAAGUUAAAAAUCGCUCCGAGUGUUUUGCUCUUAUGAAUGUUAGUGAAAAUGUGAGAUGGAAAAACUUGAAAGUGAACUUUGACAAUGUCGGACUCGGUUACCUAUCUCUGCUUCAAGUUGCAACGUUUAAGGGAUGGAUGGACAUUAUGUAUGCAGCAGUUGAUUCUGUUAACGUCAAUGAGCAGCCUAAAUAUGAAUACAGCCUCUACAUGUAUAUUUAUUUUGUCAUCUUUAUCAUUUUUGGGUCAUUCUUCACUUUGAAUUUGUUCAUUGGUGUCAUCAUAGAUAAUUUCAACCAACAGAAAAAGAAGCUUGGAGGUCAAGACAUCUUUAUGACAGAAGAACAGAAGAAAUACUAUAAUGCAAUGAAAAAGUUGGGGUCCAAGAAACCACAAAAGCCAAUUCCUCGGCCAGGGAACAAAUUCCAAGGAUGUAUAUUUGAUAUAGUAACAACUCAAGCUUUUGAUAUCACUAUCAUGGUUCUUAUCUGCCUCAAUAUGGUAACCAUGAUGGUUGAAAAGGAGGAUCAAGGUGAAGAAAUGACUAAUGUUUUAUACUGGAUAAAUGUGGUUUUUAUCAUCCUUUUCACUGGAGAAUGUGUGCUCAAACUGAUCUCCCUUAGACACUACUACUUCACUGUAGGAUGGAAUAUUUUUGAUUUUGUGGUUGUGAUUCUCUCUUUUGUUGGUAUGUUUCUUGCCGAGAUGAUAAAAAAAUACUUUGUGUCCCCCACCCUGUUCCGUGUGAUCCGUCUUGCCAGGAUUGGCCGCAUCCUGCGUCUGAUCAAAGGAGCAAAGGGGAUCCGCACCCUGCUCUUUGCUUUGAUGAUGUCCCUCCCUGCGCUGUUCAACAUCGGCCUCCUGCUCUUCCUGGUCAUGUUCAUCUACGCCAUCUUUGGAAUGUCCAACUUCGCCUAUGUUAAGAAGGAAGCUGGAAUUAAUGACAUGUUCAAUUUUGAGACCUUUGGCAACAGCAUGAUCUGUCUUUUCCAAAUUACCACCUCUGCUGGCUGGGAUGGAUUGCUAGCACCUAUUCUCAACAGCGAGCCACCCGACUGUGACCCCAAAAAGGUUCAUCCUGGAAGCUCAGUUGAAGGAGACUGUGGGAACCCAUCUGUGGGGAUUUUCUAUUUUGUCAGUUACAUCAUCAUAUCUUUUCUAGUUGUGGUGAACAUGUACAUCGCGGUCAUCCUGGAGAACUUCAGUGUCGCUACUGAAGAAAGUACUGAGCCUUUGAGUGAGGAUGACUUUGAGAUGUUCUAUGAGGUUUGGGAGAAGUUCGAUCCUGAUGCGACCCAGUUCAUAGAAUAUAGCAAACUGUCUGACUUUGCAGCUGCCCUGGAUCCUCCUCUUCUCAUAGCAAAACCAAACAAAGUCCAGCUCAUUGCCAUGGAUCUGCCCAUGGUCAGUGGCGACCGGAUCCACUGUCUUGACAUCUUAUUUGCUUUCACAAAGCGUGUUUUGGGUGAAGGUGGAGAAAUGGAUUCUCUUCGUUCACAGAUGGAAGAAAGGUUCAUGUCUGCAAAUCCUUCUAAAGUGUCCUAUGAACCUAUCACAACUACACUAAAGCGAAAACAAGAGGAUGUGUCUGCUAUUGUCAUUCAGCGUGCUUACAGACGUUACUGCUUACAGAAAAAUGUCAAAAAUAUAUCAAGCAUAUACAUAAAAGAUGGAGACAGAGAUGAUGAGUUUCCCAAUAAAGAAGAUAUGGUGUUAGAUAAUGUUAAUAAGAACUCAAGUCUAGAAAACACGGAUGCAACUCCUUCCACCAUCUCCCCUCCUUCCUAUGAUAGUGUAACAAAGCCAGACAAAGAGAAAUAUGAAAAAGACAGAACAGAAAAGGAAGACAAAGGAAAAGAUAGCAAGGAAAGAAAAAAGUAGAUUUUCAUUUUUAACAUAUUGUUUACACUUUGUGAAAGUGAUUUAUUUGUGUUAAGACUCUUGAAGAGGUCUAUGCCAAAACCUUUUUUAUCAAGAUCUUCUCAAAGGCAGUGCAGUCACUAUAGCUCACAUACUCUAAGAUAGAUGGGCAGCUUUAGCAGAUGGCUAUUUUUGCAUUGACAAUUCUAUAAGAAUUUUAAGAGUAACUCUAUAGGGAUUGUUGAUUAUAGCAAACAAAGGUGAUUUAACUUUUCUGUUUUUAAUAGAAGAUCAUGUAGAAAAUUUAUACAUUGCACUUGUCAUCUUUAUUCACUAGAUUAUAAUUAUUCCUGUUCAUCAUGUAAAUACAAAAAUCCAGACAUACACACACACACCACAAAUACAAAAAUAUAUAUUAUUUGGAAAUCAAAAGUAUUUUGCCUUGGCUUUGGCUUUGCAAUGAAAUGCUUGAUAGAAAAAUGAACAUCAGUAAUGAAUGUUUAGUUAAAAUAUGUUGUUAUUAGGAAGCAUGACUUUUCUAUUCAUGUAGAGAGGUUAUUCUAUAUUUUGAGGUGCUUAAAUUCAUUCUACAUUGCACCAGAACCCAUUUAUAUGUGCCUAUAAAAAUGCCAUGGGAUUAAAAUCAUGUAUGCUGUUCAUUUCAACAAAUACUUUUCAUUCAUCUUGACCCACAUACCAACCAGGAUAUUUAUUGUUUUAUAGUCUUUUUGUAUAUCCCUCUUUGAUCAGACAAUAUCCACAAACCUGAGAAAUCAUUCUAAGUACAUAUAAAUUCCACAAAAGAAAAAAAUGAAGAUAAUUAAGAAGAAUCAAUUGACAAAGCUCUAUUUACUAUUAUUUAUAUAACCUAACCCGGACUGUGCCACCCCAAAAUGCUGAUAAUGGCCUAACUCUUAAUCUCUUUCAUCACAACUCCUACUUUCUCAUGCAGUAUUGUUUAGUCAUCAUAUAGUAUAGCUGUAAGCAAAGUUGAUGUUUUUCUUCAAUGAAAUUCUUGCUGAUAUGCAGUUAGUGGUUUGGCCAUGGUACAUGUAUGAGCAGGUGACUUGGGCACAGUAUUUACCGCAUCAUCUGAGUACCAUCCUAACUGUGUUUGUCAAAAGUUCAAGUCAUAAUAUACAGCAGGUUUUCGACAUAUAUUUAUGUUUAAUAGGAUGAAAGAACAUUGAAAUAGGGAUUGUUGCCAAUUUGCUUUCUUGCCACUAAUUUACUUUCCUAAAUUAUGGAAAUAAUCCUUUUGGAUCUCUUUUCUUUCAUCUAUAAAACGAGGAUGUCACUUUCUCCCAUAAUUCUGUGAUUUGAAGUAAAGUUUGCAUUACUCAGUAAAGUAGCCUGGGCUUAUAAUUUAUCAAGCACGUAUCCAUUGUUUAUUAGCUACUGUCAUUUUACCAAGGAUUGCAUGUCUAUUUUUUUUUUAAGAAAAGUUUCACUAAUAAUAAUUUGAAAAGAAGCGGCCCCAAUACAUUUUUCAUGAGUUUACUCAGGACUAUGACAUUUUUCUUCUACAUGCACGGGCAAAACUGAGCUGGACAAGUAGAAAGUAGUGUUAUUUGAAAGAUUCUGUGAGAGUUUUUGAAAUAAAUGUAUAAAAUAUAUUUCACCAUUUUUUUACAUUGAAAAGUUUUAUUAGUGCUUGAAGCACACAUUUUUUGCUGUUCUGGCUAGCUGAAAAGAAAGAAAAUUUAUACACACCUAUAGAAAUAUGGGCAGAGAACAAAACAAGUAUAGGAUGUUUUUAAAUGUGGUAUAUUUUGCAUCAUUCAUAUAAGAGAUUCUUACCUCUAGAUAUUUGUCAUAAGGUAUGUGCAAAAUGAAGUCUAGGUCCAAAGAGUCUUUAUGCCGCUGUUUAAUGAUUUACCGUAGGUUUUUUGAACCAGUUUUUAUUUAAAUGAAAGGUACCAUGCAGUGUUUUCCUAAACUGUGUAAACAUUGCAUAACAUCCUGCUAAGCCUGUUAAAAACAGAUUUUGACAAUGUCAUUAGCAACCCAUACAAUAUACUACAUUUGUAAGAUUUUUAACACAAAGGGAAUUAAGCAAUUGAUAUAACCUUAAAUUUGAAAUUAAUCUAUCCUCAUUACUCUAAAUCCAUAUAAAUAUAACUGUAUUGUGAAUAUUUAUAUAACACAGUAUGAAAAAAUGUUUCGUGGGCAGCUUUAUGUGUGAUUUACUAUUAGUGUUUUUACAUUGCCUGGUUUUUACGUAAAAUAAAAAAUACUGACAAAUGGUUCCUCAACAGAAUUUCUCUUAGCAUUUAAAAACUUACAAAGUUUUUCUUAUUUCAUGCUGAAUCUAUUUCAUGCUAACCAAUAAUUUUUUUAAAAUUAAAACAUGGUCAGGUUUUAUAUAUGUGCGGGAGGGUAUAUGUAUAUGUGUGUGUGUAUAUUUGUUCAGGAAUAUCUAAUUGUGACUUCUUAUCGAUAAAAACAAUAUUUGAAACUUAGAGCUUAUUAAGUAAAAAUGAAGUAAAAUUAGACUUUUCAUGUAGAUUACUAUUUGAAGUGAUUAUGAAAUAUUACCCCUCAGAAGACACUGUCAUACUAAUGUUAAAAUUAUGUAAUUACCAAAUUUACUACACCUAAUUAUACAGAAAUGUGAUUAUGCUACAAAAUUUAAAUUAGAAUAAGAAGGAAAAUAACAGAUUUGAACAUGAAUCCAUACGCUAUUUGGAUGAAAAUGGGAGAAUCUCAUUUUAGCUUUUUGACUGUUACCUACUUUGCAAACAACUUAAGUUAAUUAUAGGAUGUUUCCUAAUGCUGAUUGUUGAAAGUCUCAACUUGAUAUGCUUAGCACGAUUUUAUAGAGUUUUGAAAGCUUUAUUAAAAAGAGUGAAAAUAAAAUGCAUAUGUAAAUAAAGCAAUUUUAGAUAGGAAUUUUAGAGAAAUGUCAAUGAAAAUAAUGAAAAGGGGGCCAUGUACCAUUGGGAUGACCAAGUAAUUGGACUGGGUUUAGGACCUAUGUACAGAGUCUGCCAAUUUUUUUUAUUAUCUUUGAUAUACUAUGUUAUAUUCUUGAUGAAAACAGUCAAACUUUGCUUCAUAAAAAUAAAUGGUCAUGGAUAUAAUAAUGCUGUUUACAUAGACUUCUUCAUAAAUUUCAUAGUUCUAUGAAUGCUUAAAAUGUUUCAGUUUGUUAUAAAUUAUAUUAUAGUAAACUUGAGAGUUACACAUUGUAAUAGAACCUGAAAAUAAAAGUCA